CCUUGACUUUUUCCGUCCCUGCAAUGCCGCAAUACCUUUUCAUUACAUUAAAUGAUAAUUUUUCUUUCGUAUAUUCACUACGACCUUUUACUAAGUCCAGGGUUUCGUUAUGCCGGAUACAAAGGCACUCGAAGUGUGGGGCGAUGAGCUGGACAAGGCUACAGCUCGAGGCUCGAAAGUCAUGCCUGGUGUUGUAGCAGCUGCUGUGGAUAAGACAGGCAAAAUAAUUUACUCCAAGACAUCCGGGUUCACAUCUGUCCUUCCACGUGCACAGCCAAUUGCUCUGGACAGUACCUUCGUUGUUGCAUCCUGCACCAAGAUCAUCAGCUCCGUCGCUACCCUUCAAUGUGUCGAGCGAGGGCUGAUCAGCUUGGACGAGCCUGUCGAAAAAUACCUCCCGGAACUCGCGGAGCUGCCUCUUCUCACGACUGACAAACCUUUUGCUCCGGCGGGACCCGGUGGCAGAGGGGAAACUUUAAGUGUUGAUGAUAUUAGCUUCAAGCUUAGGUCUGUCAAAAACAAAAUUACCCUUCGUCAACUUCUUACUCACACGUUUGGAGUUUCGUACGACGUAUUAGAUCUACGCCUCCAAGCUUGGAGGCAAUCUCGGGGGGAGGUCCCCAUUGCUCUGAAUGGCAAUAUUGUCGAAGGAUUUGCAGUCCCCCUCGUUCACGAGCCCGGAUCCAAUUGGUGCUAUGGAGGUGGGUGUGACUGGGCAGGUCUGCUCGUUGGACGGCUCAAUAAAACCACAUUUGGUCAAUUCCUCGAAGAUAAUAUGUUUCGACCACUCGGCAUGAAGAGUUCAACUUUCCACCUUGAAAAAGCUGAACAUGUGCAGGAGAAGCUUGUUACCAUGAGCGUUCGUGGUGGUCUGGAGGCAGGUGAACUUGUGGCUGGCGAUAAUGGCUUGCUUGAUCCUGUCAAGGAGGAGAUGGGUGGCGGCGGUCUGUACUCAACUGUGCCAGACUUUCUCAAAGUUCUCGGGGAUCUGAUCAGCGAUAAACCCGUUCUGUUGAAACCAGAAACGAUCGACUUGCUGUUCACGCCAAAGCUUGAAGUCGGUGGAGAUGCAUUUGAAACUAUGAAUGCCCAGGGAUGGAAACUAUGGGGACAUUGGAUCCCCGACUCUGGCGUCAAGCUUAACCAUGGAAUGGGGAGUGCGUUGACGACAGAAGAAGUGAAAGCAUCUGGGGUUCCAAAGGGAACCAUCACCUGGGCAGGCUAUGCGGGUCCAAUAUGGGAAGCCAAUCGUGAAAGAGGCGUUGCUUGGUUCUACGCAACACAGGUGCUGCCAUUUGGAGAUGUCGAGAGUGGAAGGCGCGCUGAAGCAUUUGGCAAGGCUGUCUUUGCCGAUUGA